GUGCAUUGGACGAAAGCUUCGUACCACCAGUCAUUUAAAAGUGAAAUCGCUUGUCCUAAUCUUAUCAAAAAUGUCAAUAUUUAGAAAUAAAGAACUUUUGAAGCCAGUUAAAAGUCUUUUCAGUAAGUCAAGAUAUAGUUUUGCACACAAACUGGCGGAGUCUGUUGAAAAUGAAAAGCAAGAAUUAUUUUUGGACCGUGAAAACUGUAUUUUAGUUGAUGGGAAUGAUAAGAACGUAGGAUUUGCAAGUAAACGCGACUGUCAUAAAGUUAGUGGUAAUGAUAUAAAACUACAUCGUGCAUUCAGUGUCUUCCUUUUCAAUGAGAAGGGAGAAAUGCUCUUACAGAAAAGGUCAAACCACAAGAUCACAUUUCCAAAUUGUUAUACAAAUGCUUGCUGUUCACAUCCACUGCACGACAUUGAGAAUGAAAGAGAUGAGCUUAAUGCAAUUGGCAUUAAACGAGCUGCACAGAGAAGGUUGAAUUUCGAGUUAGGCAUACCAAAUAAUCAAGUGCGCCCCGAAAAUUUCCAUUAUUUAACUCGAAUCCAUUACAUUGACAAAGGUGACGGCAUAUGGGGAGAACAUGAAAUCGAUUACAUUCUGUUCUUGCAGAAGCAAGUCGAUGUGAAGCCAAAUCCAGGGGAAGUGAGCGAAGUUCUUUGGAUAAAACAUGAGAAUCUUGAACGAGAAAUUGCAUCUCUGAGCUCUCCGUUGACACCAUGGUUUAAUCUUAUACUCAAAUCAGGUCGCUUAAAUGUUUGGUGGAAAAAUCUCGAGCGAUUGAAGAAGUUUGAAGAUUAUGAAACCAUUCACAAGCUUAAUUAACUAUCUCUUUCCCAAUGUUUAUAAAAAUCAUGCCAAUUUCUCUUUUUUUAAUAAUUUUUUGAUAUCAAAGGGCUAGCUCAAGGGUAUGUUGUUUUGUUCAAAUAGUCAAAGGAACUUUAAUCAAAGAUUAAACAUAAAGCUUUUGAUAAUUAGCAUAGCAACUUUGUUACUAGUUAAAACUUUUAAUUUGUGUACUCACAAUAAAUAACUUUGUAAAUUAUUCUACUUAUACAUACAUAUGACAAUAAUGAAAAUAAUUCAACUAAUUUUUUAUAACGUAUAAAUAUUUAUGUUUGUGUUUUUUAUGCCUUAAGCAAUUUAUUCAGUUUCAAGAUCAAGUAAUUUAACAUUGAAAUAAAAAUGAAUUUUCAAUAAUUGGUCGUACUUCGGAUAUAAUUUCUUCCUGAAGGCAUUUUAACAUCAUC